CGACAAUAAAUUGGGGGAAAAACCGUUUGUUUUACCCUAAUAUAUGGUACGAAAUGUGAAUUUGACAAAAGUUUGGAAUGGAGCAUGGUGAAGAUGAUGGGCUCAGAGAAAAUCACUCAAUGGCUCUGUUCGCCUUCGAUUGUUAGAUCACAUUGCAAUCGCAAGAAAAACUCUACGUCGGCCCACCAGUUGUUGCCCCGCGGGCCACGGCCAGCAAACUGAAAGCGGAAAUUCUCCUCAGUUGCUAAAAAUAAGCAAUGGAGUUUUGGUUGGGGCACAAAGAGCAAUUUGCGGUCGAGUUUCGAGUCGAUUGGCACCAAAAUCAGAAAAACACCAAAUCUGAUGCCAAAUGGUCGUGCAAAUUUGAGAUUUCAGAUUGUUUCGAGUGCAAAUUUGAGAUUUCAGAUUGUUUCGAAGCCUUACAGAGCCAGGUUGGGAAAUGGAAAAGCUUGUUUGUGGUGGCUUUCGGUGUUGUAAGAGUUGUCAAUGGAUACUUUCUCUGGCAUGCAAACUUGACGACGAACAUCUUUCGCACCAUGACAGACAUUUCUAUCUCCCUCCCGGCCAAGCGCAGGCGCGGCCGCCCGCGCAAGGACGCUAACCUCCCCCGAGACAGCACCUUACACGCUCACCCGACCCCCAAUUCCGGCCUCUCUUACAACACCCAAGAAGCCGCCACCCCAAACCCUAUGAUCGGGAGUUUGAUUUACGGCGUGAUCGAGGGCUCCUUCGACGCUGGCUACCUCAUAUCCGUCAAAAUCGGCAAUGGUGGGGCCCCUUUUCGCGGGGUAGUCUUCCAGCCUAGGAAAUUUGUUCCCAUAACGCCCCUGAACGAUGUGGCCCCACACGCUCACAUGUACCAGAGACAAAAGAUUUCGGCGGGCCCACUCCCCGAUUAUAAUAAUAAUCAUCCUCGUUUUUUCCCUCCUUCGAAACAGACGGUUUUUCGGCCGAAUUUACAGUCCUUUGGGAACCAACCGCCUUUCGUCUCGUCCAAUAAUAAUACCAUGAUGUCUCCAAGGAGUGGGACCAAUCAGCAGCGGCCACCUGUCGGUUUCACAAAUUGUAUGCAGGGACCCAUGUUCGAUGUUCUUCGUCCUAGGGCGGAGGAAGUGAAAGCUGAUCUGCAGCUAGAGAAUAUGUAUUACGAUGGCCCGAACGUUACUUUUCAUCACGAUCAGUCUCGGCCCGAUUACAGGCGUUUAGGGCCCGAACAUCAUAGUACUGAGUUUUCUGAACAAGUCACCAAGGGCCCAAAUCUGAAGUUGAACCUGUUGUCUUCCCCAGUUGAGGAAAAGAAUUAUUUGAUCCACAACGAGAUGAAAAGCCCGAAUCUUGGCUAUCAUCAUGCGCUUGUGUCGGGAAAUCCGCUCUUUCUGCCUCCAGAGUUUAAUGGCGAGCCUUUGGAUUUUAUGGUGGGAAAGAAUCUAACCCAAAUGAAUACUGGGGCUGGACAGGAGACGAGUAAUGAGGCUGCAAGUUCGCAUUCUGGGCCGUACGUGCUGGAGCUUGCUACUCCACAGCCCAUAAUCAACAUGAGGCCAAAUUCGUCUGUUGGCUGCAUUACUGAUAUGGAUUUUGUUCUGAGUGACUCGGUUCAGCCUUCGGAACAUCGUCAUGAACAUCAUGGGGAGUUUUCUGAAAAUAAGCAAUGAUGGCAAUUGGUGUCACUAAUGAAGACAUGGAUGGAUCAUAUGCGGCUGAUGAUUGUGGGGUUAUAUAUAUGUCAAGGGAUUAUUUCUGCGAAUAAUCCAACCAAGAUUUUGUUGUCAUUGUAGGAUAUGUUCUGAUGAGAUUGGGAAAUUGGUCUUCUUUUUUUGUUUUGGUUUUCUGUUGCCUUCUCUUUCCCUUUUUUGUUCUCUUGUU